AUGGCUCGACACCUCUCUGUCAUCGUCAUCCUGGCGGUAGCGACGUUUCUCGGUAUCUCGUUCCUUAUGUCUUUCGGUGGUAGGACAGACACAGUCCCUCAAGUCUUUACUUCCGAGGGCAGCUACGGUGGAAAUAUACCGAGCGAAGCCAAGGCCCCGGGAAAAGCCAUAGAACCGGUGCUGGAAGGGUCGACCGAAUCAAAACUCGCCGGCCUUGAUAUUACCAGCGAGCUUCUCACCGGCGAUGUUGUUAUGCCCAAGCUUGAGAAUGCGACAGCAAAGGCUGAGCUCGGUCGCGCUGCGUGGAAAGUCAUUCACACCAUGAUGGGACGCUUUCCCGACAAGCCUAGCGAGGACGACCAGUUGACACUCAAGACGUACAUCCAGCUCUUCGCGCGACUAUACCCGUGCGGUGACUGCGCAAGGCAUUUUCAGCAGCUGCUCAAGAAGUAUCCACCGCAGGUCAGCUCGCGCAACGCAGCGGCAGGCUGGGCAUGUUUCGUGCAUAAUCAGGUCAACGAACGACUAGGCCAUGAAAUAUUCGAUUGCGCUAAAAUUGGCGAUUUCUAUGAUUGCGGUUGUGGAGAUGAGAAGAAGGAGGGCGCGGAAGGGACAGCGGGCGAGCUGAAGAAGGAAAGGUGA